GGGCAAACUAGGUCCACCUUAUUCUCAACCAACACCCACCCUUUCCUCUCUCCUUCUGAAAAUAAAAUAAUAAUAAUAAUCUCUUAUUGCUGGGUUACAUACAAUUAUAUAUGUAUAUAUAUAUAUACCCAUAUCCAAAUUUCUGUUACCAAAGAGUGAGAUGAGUUUGUUGUGAAUUUACAUAUAUAAUAUGAGUAAUGCUGUGGUGGCAAUGGACAGUGAAAAACAACCACCAAAUCCUCCGUCGCUACAGCCGCCACCGUCGUGGCCGGUGAGAGGUGAAAGAGAUGGAGAUGGAGAAAGAGGAAAGGAAGAAGAAGAGGUGGCUCAAUCUUCGUCUCAUCAAGAACACAACAAGGCAGAAGUAACAAAGUUAAAAAUAAAUCACACUUUCUUGGGGAGGCAUAGGAUGAAUGCAGCUAUAUCUCAUCUCAAUACUCAAAUCAACCUAAUUCAGGAAGAACUAAAUGAACUGGACACAGUAGGUGAAUCCUCCAUUGUAUGCGCAGAACUCAUUUCAAGCCUCGAAACCAUUCCAGAUCCACUACUUCCCACAACAAAAGGUCCGGCAGAUGUGAGUUGGGAUCGCUGGUUCAGGAAAGCCCACAUCUCACGAGGCCACAAACGUUGGAAGUAAGGACCAAGGACACACACGCACCGAUGGUACUAUUUGAAUGAGGCAAUGAUUUUAAUAGAACAGCUUUAAUUGUUUUGUUUAAUAUUUAAUAAUCAGUGCUCAAAACAUAUUAUUAGACAAUAUAAUUCUAUCAUUUCAAAAGAAAAACAGUCUCACAUUGACAAACUUUCAUUACCAUAACAAUUACAAUUAAUGGUAGUAUUUUGUAAUGUCAACAUUUUAAUUACUCUAAUAUGAAAAUCAUAGAUUUUAAACUUUCA